CGGGGCUACCGGCGGCGGGGCAUGCGGGCGGCGCGGCUCUGAGCCCCCGGCCAUGGCUGAGAAAGUUUCGGCGGCCCCGGAGCGGCCGCGGGGCGCCGGCCACGUCGGCUCCUCUUGCUCCGGCUCCUCCUCCGGCUCGGAAACUCUCUCCGAGGAGGGGGAGCCUGGCGGCGGCGGGCUAGCGGCGGCCCCCGGCGGCGCGGCGGCGGCGGCAGCGGCGGGGCGUCUGCGGCGGCGGCCGGGCGAGGAGCGGGCGAGCCCCGGCGGGCGGGCGGAGGACGACGCCUCGCUGGAGGAGCGGGAUGAGGAGCUUGAUCACAUAUUGUCGCCUCCACCUAUGCCUUUUCGAAAAUCCAGCAGUCCUGAAGUCUCUUCUGGCCCUGGAAAGUCUUCUAAAUUUAAGAGGCAGCUGAGUGAAGAUGGGAGACAGCUCAGAAGAGGAAGCCUUGGAGGAGCUCUGACUGGCAAGUAUCUGCUUCCCAGUGCAACUGGACAGCAGCUAUGGCAACCUGCAGAAACCUCUAAUCUUGUUCGCAUGCGCUACCAAGCACUUGGGCAGUCAGCACCUUCACUUACUGCUAGUUUGGAAGGGACGCCUCAGAAGAGUCAUUUCAGCUCAGCACGCCACCGUCAGAGACUAGUGGAACCAACAGCUACAAAAAAGGAGUUGAGCCUUCCAAGGAGAGGAAGUUUUCUCACCCCAAGGAGCCUGAGCCCAACCCCAACAAGCCCCUGCAGUCCAUGCAGUCCUCUGUUCGCUUUUCAUUUUUGGAGUUGUAGAACAAGCAACAGGAAGAGUUUGAUGGGCAAUGGCCAGUCUUCAGCUCUGCCUCGGCCUCAUUCACCACUCUCAGCUCAUGCAGGAAGCAGUCCUCAAGAUAGCCCUAGGAAUUUCUCUCCCAGUGCCUCAGCCCACUUUUCUUUUGCACGAAGGACUGAUGGUCGCCGCUGGUCUUUGGCUUCUCUCCCUUCCUCUGGCUAUGGUACAAAUACACCCAGCUCAACUGUUUCUUCAUCCUGCUCAUCCCAAGAGAAGCUACACCAGUUACCAUACCAACCAACACCUGAUGAACUACAUUUUUUGUCUAAACAUUUCUGUACCACUGAGAGCAUUGCCAGCGAUAACAGGUGCAGGACCACUGCAAUGCGCCCUCGGUCCCGAAGUCUCAGCCCUGGACGUUCUCCUGCCUGCUGUGACAAUGAAAUAAUUAUGAUGAACCAUGUCUACAAAGAAAGGUUCCCAAAGGCCACAGCUCAGAUGGAAGAGAGGCUUCAGGACAUUAUAACAAAUCAUUCUCCAGAGAAUGUCCUUCCCCUGGCAGAUGGAGUGCUUAGUUUUACCCACCAUCAGAUCACAGAACUGGCUCGAGAUUGUUUGGAUAAAUCCCACCAGGGCCUCAUCACAUCACGAUACUUCUUUGAAUUACAGCAGAAAUUAGACAAAUUGCUACAGGAGGCUCAAGAGCGAUCAGAGAGUGGAGAAAUGGCAUUUAUUAAGCAACUUGUUCGAAAAAUCCUGAUAGUUAUUGCUCGUCCUGCUCGUUUAUUGGAAUGCCUGGAAUUUGAUCCUGAAGAGUUUUACUAUCUUUUGGAAGCAGCUGAAGGCCAUGCUAAAGAGGGGCAAGGCAUUAAAACAGACAUUCCUCGAUAUAUUAUUAGCCAGCUGGGCUUAAAUAAAGAUCCUCUGGAAGAAAUAGCUCAGCUAGCUGACUGUGACAGUGGGACAGCAGAAACUCUGGAAGUGGAUGAAUCAAUAAAUAACUCCAAUACCUCACUGAAGCUGCAGAGGAAACCUCGGGAAAGUGAUUUUGAAACAAUUAAACUGAUUAGUAAUGGAGCUUAUGGUGCGGUUUAUUUUGUGAGACACAAAGAAACCAGACAAAGAUUUGCCAUGAAGAAAAUUAAUAAGCAGAACCUCAUCCUCCGAAACCAGAUACAACAGGCCUUUGUCGAGCGUGAUAUCCUGACAUUUGCAGAAAAUCCAUUUGUUGUCAGCAUGUAUUGCUCAUUUGAAACAAGACGACAUUUAUGCAUGGUCAUGGAAUAUGUAGAAGGUGGAGACUGUGCUACUUUGAUGAAGAAUAUGGGUCCCUUACCUGUAGACAUGGCAAGGAUGUACUUUGCAGAGACUGUUCUGGCCUUGGAAUACCUUCAUAAUUAUGGAAUUGUACACAGGGAUUUGAAACCAGACAAUUUAUUGGUAACAUCCAUGGGCCAUAUAAAACUUACAGACUUUGGCCUGUCAAAGGUGGGGCUAAUGAGUUUGACGACCAAUCUCUAUGAGGGUCACAUUGAGAAGGAUGCCAGAGAAUUCCUUGACAAACAAGUCUGUGGUACACCGGAAUACAUAGCUCCUGAAGUGAUACUGAGACAGGGUUAUGGAAAACCAGUGGACUGGUGGGCUAUGGGAAUUAUCCUUUAUGAAUUUCUUGUUGGGUGUGUGCCAUUCUUUGGAGAUACACCAGAAGAGCUGUUUGGACAAGUAAUCAGUGAUGAAAUCAACUGGCCUGAAAAGGAUGAAGCACCGCCGCCAGAUGCUCAGGAUCUGAUUACCCUGCUGCUCAGGCAGAAUCCUUUGGAAAGACUGGGAACAGGUGGUGCAUAUGAAGUAAAGCAGCAUCAGUUCUUCAGGAGCCUUGACUGGAACAGCCUGCUGAGGCAGAAAGCAGAAUUUAUUCCACAAUUGGAGUCUGAAGAUGACACAAGUUAUUUUGACACUCGUUCUGAGAAAUAUCACCAUAUGGAAACUGAGGAAGAAGAUGAUACCAAUGAUGAAGACUUUAAUUUGGAGAUAAGACAGUUUUCCUCAUGUUCACACAGAUUUUCAAAAGUUUUUAGUAGCAUAGAUCGAAUCACUCAAACGCAAGGUGAAGAAAAGGAAGAUGCAGGAGACAAACCAAAAACUGUAACACUGCCUUCUGUGGAAUCUUUAAGCUGGAGUUCAGAAUAUUCUGAAAUACAACAAAUAUCUGCAUCCAUCUCCUCUGACGCUGAGAGUAACAGGCAGCGACACAGUUCUGGUUUGCUUCCGAAGUUGGCCAUAUCAGCCGAAGGAGAACAGGAUAAUUCCACCGGCUUAGUGGGACCUCGGGAUGAACAGGAAAAGCCUGCAUUUGUGAGCGAGGAAGUAGUGCAAGAUGAACCUGAAGUAACCACUCCAGCAAGUACGAUCAGCAGCUCCACGCUAUCAGUUGGCAGUUUUUCAGAGCACUUAGAUCAGAUAAAUGGAAGAAGUGAGAGUGUGGACAGUACAGAUAACUCCUCAAAGCCACCCAGUGAAGUUGCAUCUCACAUGGCUCGUCAGCGGUUAGAAAGCACAGAGAAAAGGAAGAUCUCUGGAAAAGUCACAAAGUCCCUUUCUGCAAGUGCUUUGUCCCUCAUGAUCCCAGGAGAUGUGUUUGGUGUUUCUCCUUUGGGAAGUCCUAUGUCUCCUCAUUCCCUGUCAUCUGAUCCUUCAUCCUCCCGAGAUUCAUCUCCCAGCCGUGAUUCAUCGAUUGCUGCUGCAAGUCCUCAUCAACCAAUAGUAAUUCACAGUUCAGGAAAAAAGUAUGGCUUCACCAUCCGAGCAAUCAGGGUUUAUGUGGGUGACAGUGAUAUCUACACUGUGCACCAUAUUGUUUGGAAUGUGGAAGAAGGAGGUGCAGCUUACCAAGCAGGUUUAAAAGCUGGAGACCUGAUUACUCAUAUCAACGGAGAGCCAGUGCAUGGUCUUGUUCAUACAGAAGUCAUUGAGUUGUUGUUAAAGAGUGGCAACAAAGUCUCGGUAACAACAACCCCUUUUGAAAACACUUCCAUCAAGACAGGACCUGCCAGGCGAAACAGCUACAGGAGCAGAAUGGUCAGGCGCAGUAAGAAAACCAAAAAGAAAGAGAGUUUAGAGAGGAGAAGAUCUCUCUUUAAAAAGCUGGCCAAGCAACCCUCUCCUCUUCUUCACACAAGCAGAAGUUUCUCCUGUCUGAACCGAUCACUUUCAUCAGGGGAGAGCUUGCCUGGGUCUCCAACCCACAGCUUAUCUCCCAGAUCACCUACGCCAAGCUACCGCUCUACUACUGAUUUUCCAUCUGGUACUAACUCUUCCCAGAGUAGCUCUCCUAGUUCAAGUGCUCCCAAUUCUCCAGCUGGUUCAGGACACAUAAGACCCAGCACUCUUCAUGGCUUGGGUCCAAAGCUUGGUGGGCAAAGAUACAGAUCAGGAAGACGCAAAUCAGCUGGCAGUAUUCCUCUCUCUCCUCUUGCACGGACACCUUCUCCAACACCCCAGCCAACAUCCCCUCAGCGAUCUCCGUCACCAUUGCUAGGACAUUCAAUUGGAAAUACAAAAAUAGCUCAAUCUUUUCCUAGCAAAAUGCACUCCCCUCCAACUAUCGUAAGGCAUAUUGUCAGGCCAAAGAGUGCAGAGCCACCAAGAUCCCCACUGUUGAAGAGGGUCCAGUCUGAAGAGAAACUUGCACCCUCUUAUGGCAGUGAUAAGAAACACUUAUGUUCACGAAAACACAGUCUCGAAGUGACCCAAGAAGAAGUGAACAGAGAGUUGUCCCAAAGGGAAGUAACUCUUCAGAGCUUGGAGGAGAAUGUAUGUGACAUGCCAUCACUCACACGAGUCAGGCCUGUAGAGCAGGGCUGUUUGAAACGACCCGUCUCCCGAAAAUUAGGUAGGCAAGAAUCCAUCGAUGAGCUAGACAGAGAGAAGCUGAAGGUCAAGAUAGUUAUGAAAAAGCAAGAUUUUUCUGAAAAAGCAAAUGCUGCUAUACAUGAACCUAGCAGUGAAUCAGAAAAUCCCAAUACUGUAAGAUUGGAAGAAAGAGACAAAAAAGCAUUCCAGAAGGUAUUAGAAAGAUCAAAUCAGUUUGAAACAAAAAUUGUUGCUUUGGAGACCCAGCCAGCUGGUGGCAUACUGAAAGACACCCUUCAAAAGAAUGCAAACUUGCGAUCAAAUGAUGGUGUUGCUUUAGAUGCACAGAUGUGUCAUGCACCUCCACCUAAUGAACCCAAUCAUAUUUCUUAUGACUUCAAAAGAAUUUCUCCUCCGUGUACACUGCAAGAUGUGCUACCUCAGUCCUCUGACAGGAUGCUAAAUGGAAAGGGAGAAAACACAGAUAAAAAUGUACCAACAAAAGAAUUUGUCAAAUUUGAAAGAUUAGAUGGUAAACUUGCAAAUAUUGAUUACCUUAGAAAGAAAAUGUCCAUUGAAGAAAAAGAUGACAGUGUCUGUCCAGUGCUAAAACCCAAACUGACAUCAAAUGUUCAUGAAUGCCUUCAACUUAAUACAGGCAGACCCAUAAACAUACAGCAGGACUCCACUGCAGGUGCUGAUGGUAGAGCAUUUAUUGGCAGUGCACAUGCUGCUCAGAUCAACUCAGUUUCUUUUGUUCCUCUCAAGACCUUGAAUGGCCGAGCAGACAUAAGUGUGGAAAAAUCAGCCCUUAUUUCCACUGAGGCUCCUGUCAGAAAAAGUCCAUCAGAAUAUAAACUUGAUGGGAGGUCUGUUUCUUGUUUGAAGCCAAUAGAAGGCACACUAGACAUUGCCUUACUUUCUGGGCCGCAGGCUUCGAAAACUGAACUGCCUUUGUGCAUGCUGCCAGAAGGACAGAGCACCAGCAGUGAUGGGGGAUCUCCUAAACUCCCAGCACCACAAGGGAGUGGUGGGAAGGCAGAGGUGGCCUGUCAGAAAGAGCAGUUGUUAAGCUAUUCAAAAUCUGGCAAAGUCAACGUAUCGGAGCCUCAGGUUCUGCAGAGAAGCAAGAGUUCUCCAAAUCCACCAGUCAUCCCUGUGGCUGCAGAAGUAGUGACAGAGAAAAAGGUUUCUAGUCCAGCUACUAAAGGCAGUAUUUCUGUUAUCGAACCUGUUCAAAAGAAGGACACCUCCCCUUCAAAACAGAAGGACAAUUCAGUGGAGGCGAAGUCAUGUGUUAUUCAAAGUCAGAGUGUCAAAACUACUCAAAUGUGCUCCAAACUUUCUGCUGUCCAAAGCACUCCUGAAAAAGCUGUAGGAAAAGAGAAGCAAAUACAAAAAGAGUUGCCUGCCAAACAACCAGUAGACCAGAGAAGUUGUGAGCCUGUCCCUGCAAAGGUGGAGGUGAUCAGGGAGUCAUCUCUGAAGGUAUCUGUCUCGGAUGUCCUGAUAAAGAGCUACUCCAAAAGCAAUGAAAAAAAUUGUGCUGAUUUUGCCAUUCCAACUCUGCUGCAAGGAAAAAUGCAGGCACCUGGCCUCAAGACACAACCUAAGGAUGGCAGAGAAUCACUGAAACAGCUAGGCAAAGAUGACAGCAGUGUUGCUAGUAGUUUUGUGGAAAGGGACAUAACCAAGCAGAAAGUUCUCAGCGAGUCUAAGAAAGUUAUCGCAGAGUCAAAGAGUGAAGCUCUUCUAUGCAAACGGCCCAUGCAAGCAAUAGAUUGUGAUCCUAAAAGUGAGAAGUCUGCACCAGUUUCCUGUGUGCAGAAGGACAAUGCCAAAGAUUUAGGAAAGAAAGAUCAGAAACAGUUCACUGACGUAAGGCUUCAAACUACUGAGAAAGAGCAGUCCAGCCAAGUUCCUUGGCAGCAACUUAAUGCUUCAGGCUCCCCUGCUGUGAGAGACACUGUAAGCAGAAACUGUGCUGUAGAUGUUCAUGUAGGUGUUCAAGAACAUGUGAAGCCUGCUGCCACCUAUGUGGAAAGCAGCAGUAAUAAAAACAGGCCAGCAUCUGAUAUGAGUUCCUCUAAGUCUAAGUACUUGGAUAAGCAGACGUCACAAAAACCAUGCACUCCAAAUGUAAAAGAAAAAGAAGCUAUUAUUCAGGUGUCUACCAGCUCCCGGAAAGAUGGGAAACAUGCCAGUAAAAAUGUGCUAGAUCCCUUUUCCUCCAUUUCAGGGUCAUUAAGAAAAAUGAGCAGUGAACAUACGCAGGCUGAAAGGCCUGUGAGUUUGGAGCAUGGCUCAGUAGCCACCCUCCAAAUGAGCAGCAUCACUCCUGACACCAAACCCAAAUCCUCUGCUGUCAGCCCAGUACCAGCAGGCCCAGUGAGUUCUAAGCAGAUGCAGAGACAAGAACCAGCAGGCUUCAGGGAAUCUGCUGAUCUAAAGCAACUUCACCUCAGUGAAAAACAAACCAUGUCUCCAAAGUUUUCCACUGUGAAAGACUGUCUCUUGCUGAGCAAACAGGCAGACAGAAAUCCUAGUAAUGAGACGAUCUCUGCAGACAAAAGACCGGAAGGAAAAAUAUGCACUGACGCACUUUAUGUUCAGCUUGACAGUGGGAAAGUAGAGCCUACCCUUUGCCUUGCAAACUGUGAUGCCAGAGGGAAAGGAGCAGAAAAAGCGACUACAAGUAGCAAAAGCUCUCAAGAUUCAAAAGGGAAAGGACAAGUUAAUCAAAAACAGCCAGAGGAUGCAAACAAGCAGACCGCAAUAAAACAUUUGUUAGCUGCCAGCGGGCAGAGUUUUUGUCGUGUGGCUGCAACACCAGGAAAGUCACUGACUUGUUCAGCCAAUUUCUCUGAAUGUAGACAAGAAGUAUCUGUUUUGUCUUCGGCAAAGAGUGAUGCACCUUCAGCAAAGGUUAAAGCAGGCUCACCUGAGCUUCCCGCAACCUGCAAGGAAGUAAAUAAGAAAAGCACCUCUUCUGCAGGGAGCGGUAAGGCAGAAAUGACUAAAAGUGUUUCACUGAUGGCCUUGCACAGUGCUGCUGUUGUAGUAGAAGCCCACCACCCUGCUUCAAACCUUGGGGGGAAACCUGGAAAUCAAGAAAAGUCUUUUUUUGUUAACACUGUGGAUGUAAAGGGAAAAGAUGCCGUUCAGGCUCAGCAGUCUGCUUCAAGAAAACAGAAUGUAGGUAAAGAUUUAGCCAGGUCAGCAACCACACCCGACCGCCCUAACGCACUUUCUGAUGACAAAGACUCAGCUCGGCAACGGCGAGGAAAGGAAACUUCACGGAGCAGUCCUCACAAAAAAUCCUGUUAACUGUAAGACCUGGCAGGUGUGAAUUCAAGACUAGCUGAAACAAUGUCAAUAUAUUAGACUGCCUUUAAACCAGCACUGUGUCGUGUCUUUGUGCGGCAAAGCUUUCAUGUCUCUAAAGAAAGAGGACCGGGGAUAUAUAAAGAGAGGACUUUUUUUCAAAAUGCCUUCCCAAUUGUAACCGGUAAAACUGUUACCAUAUAGUAUUUGUACAAAAAUACCUUUAUAGCUGAGAGCUGUUGAAGAAAAGAUUUCCUCUGUAAAUACCUAGCGAUGUGUUUGGGGUUUGAAUGUAGCAUAUAUACUUUGCUGCUGAUUGCGUUGUUUACUCUCCCCUUUUUUAAGAUAGUUGCUUUGCCACUUAUUUGCCAUACUCGAAUAUGAAACCGAAUUAUUAAAACUCAGACCUGCCGUGGACAUGCACAAGCAUUGGUCUGACUGGAAAACAAAAACAGGCCACAUUUUUACUUACUAAAAAUCCUAGCUAGAGGUUAAAAAAAUACUAGUACAGAAUAAAUACAGUGACUUAUUGUGAGUUUUUACAUGUAUUUUUAAUAAUCCAAUUUUGAUAGUACUGUACGUGGCUGACUGCUUCACCAGAUCUAACACAAGACCUAACUGCAUCUCCCUACUGCACAAAGCCUCUUAGAGUAGGUGUCAUUAAAGCUAUGGGAGGACCAGUUGGUUAUCAGGGUGUCCCAGCAAGACUCGUGUUCUCUGGUGAAAUGGUGGUUCUUGUCUUGUCUAUUGGGAGUGUGUUCUGUGACCUUCACCUCAGAAAAGGCUGAGACUCUGAAGCACAUGCCAUGUGCUCUAGUUUUUGCUGCAGUCCUCUCUUGAGUUCCUUGAGCUUUUUUAAAUUCGGACCCUUACAGUGUGAGGCACAAGUAUAAGCACAUGACUUGCAGUACUAGUACAUUCAUCCCUGUUUUUUAAUACAUAUAGAGAAUACAUAUUAUCAUGGCAUAUAGGUCUGCAUCAUUAGCUUCAUACAGCUGUAGCUUUUUUCCUACAUUAUGACAAGUAAGGGGAAAAGGGAAAAAAGCAGUUUCAGUAUCAUAUCUUCAGAAAAGUUCAGGACAUCCAAUACAUUUUAAUACGUAGCUGGGGCCUUACGUUGUAGACUUAACUUGCUGUUUUUAGCAAGUAAUUCUGGGUUUCGCAUUCAUUUCUAAAUGCAUUGAGUAGCUCCAUACAUUUCAUAACAUAAUCUUUAUUUGUAUGCAAAAAAAAGUAAAUACUGUAAUUAUAAAAGAAGCAUUUUGUAACAAAGGAACCUGUUGGAGCUAUUUGGUGCUAGAAUGUGACUGUGUUUUUACUUUUGCUAAGCCUUACUUAAAUUUUAUAUACUGUGGAACAUGUAGAUUUCAAUCAUUUUAGUGUGGAGGUAUUUAGUUUGUUUUGAAGGAUGAAAGGUAAAAUUUGAAACAUGUCAGAAGCACUACAAAAUACCCUUGCAGAUGUGUGAUUUUAAUGAUUGGGAUCAACAGAAUGGGGGUUUUGCCUAUUUCUGUUAUAUGUACCCACAGUAGAGCUAGGCCCAUACCUGUUUCAUCAGUUCUUACGGAUUGUCUUUCUGUCUCAAAAGCUAGAAAAUUGUUCAUAAAAGCACAGUGUAAUCUUGACUUGGAGGUUUGUAUGGCAACUGACAGUGUGCAGAAUUAAGUUCCCUCUGGUGAAAACUUUAUUAUACUGAUUAGUUGAGUUGGAUUACAGCAGACCUGUCAUGGAAAGAUAAUAUCACAAACAAGUCCUUCUGAUUUUUCAUGUGGCACUAUAACAUUCAUACUGCCUUUGAUGGGUUUGCAGAGGAGCUAGUGAGCAAUGGAUAAUAUUUUUUGAGCAGCUCUACAGAUAAAUGGUCUCGACAUUUACAGUUCAUCUGUGCUUUGGCAGUUACUACAAAUGAAUGCUAAUGCACUUCGAAAUAACAUUUCUGUCUGGGAAGUAUUUCCUAGUUUACAGUCUUCUGCGUUUUUUCAACUAUCCUCUUGUUUCCUUUAAAGCACACCUAGCUAUUUGUUUACAGUAUACCUUUAUGUAUAUUUUGUAUAAUUCAUUAUCACUUCUAACAAAUAAGUUCUUUGCAUUUUGGAAGUGUAAUAGUGCUUAAGCUUGUGUUUAUGUAGUACCUGUUUGUUGGUGUGUACCUUAUCAGUAAGCUGUUAGAGAUCCUCCUGCCUGUGUUCUGCUUGGUCAGUCUUUAUGUGAUUGUAGAUCUGAUGUGUUCUUUUGUAGACUUCCUGCUGUAGAUUCCUCAGCUUACAAAAAAGAAAAAGGAAAGAAAAAAAUUAUUAGGGUUUGUGCAAUAAAGUGUUUGCAGUCUUAUUUUCUCUAAGAAACUCCUUAUGGAUGUCAUAAUUGUUGUAUACUGAACACGAUUAUUUAUACUUAUGCAGUUGCAUAACAUUGAAAUAAAAAUUCAGCAUGAAA